GUACUGUUUAUGGUAGGUAUAUUGUUAACAAAAUCUAGUGUACCAUCUAGGUAAACUUUUAAAUAAAGCCAUUGUACUAUCUCGGUUUAGUGUUAGAAAACUCUUCUGUAUCAUAAAAUAUAGUGUACCAUGUAGGUUUAAUGCUAACAAGCUCAAGUGUACCAUGUCAAUGCAGUGUGUACCUUCCCUGGCAGGCACGAGAAGAAUACCGUCAUCUAAAACAGCAACGCAAAGCGGAAUGGGCAGCAACAGUCAUCAAGAUGGCUUAUAUCAACUUCCAGCGUUGGAGAUUUCUGAUGUCUGUGUUAGAGGAACUACCCAAUGACUCCCCUGUAGAAGGAAGUUGGCCUCCAGCUCCUGCCUCCCUGGCUGAAGUUAGCUCUCUUCUGCGACACCUUCAUCACAAAUGGAGGUGUCACAGAUAUCGUCUUCAAUUCGACCAAACAGCAAGGAACAGGAUGAGAGAGAAAGUCACAGCAUCCAUCAUCUUCAAGGACAGAAAAGCAUCAUAUGUCAAGAGUGUGUCUCAUCCGUUCUUGGGAGACUAUGUGAGACUACGUCAGAAUGCUCAGUGGAAGAAGCUAGCAGCAGAGACCAACGACCAGUAUGUUGUCUUCGCUGAUAUUGUCAAUAAAAUCACACGUUCAGCUGGCAAGUUUGUGCCGAUCCUGCUGGCGGUGUCGACCAACUCACUGCUGGUACUGGAUCAACGUACUCUGCAGGUGAAGUACCGCAUCCCAGCUGUAGAAAUCCAGCGCAUCUCCCUCUCACCGUACCUGGACGACAUCGCUGUGUUGCAUCUCAAGCCGCCUUCACCCACCGCUGACAUCUCUGGCUCCCAGAACCUCAACCCCGGCUGUCUCUUUGGCUCAGAUGAAGUCAAGCGGAAGGGUGACCUGGUGCUACAGACGGGUCACGUGAUCGAAGUAGUGACCAAGCUCUUCCUGGUGGUGCAAAAUGCAACAGGAAAGCCCCCAGAUGUCAACAUAUCUACUGAGUUCCAAUCUAACUUUGGGCAGCAUUCAGUAUUAUUUACCUUCAAAACUGCUGGUCUGGCUGAAGUGGCUCCAGGACAGAUUCGCAUCAUGAGAAGACACAACCGCAUGGAAGUGAUCUUGUAGGAUUUAUCAAGCCAGGAAGUGAUCUUGAAGGACUUUUCAAGCCAGGAAGUGAUUUUAAAGGACUUCUCAAGCCUAGAAGUAGUCUUGAAGGACUUCUCAAGCCUGGAAGUUAUGUUGAAGUUAUUCUCAAGCCUGGAAAUGAUCUUGAAGGCCUUCUCAAGCCUGGAAGUUAUGUUGAAGGACUUCUCAAGCCUGGAAGUAAUCUUGAAGGACUUCUCAAGCCUGGAAGUUAUGUUGAAGUUCUUCUCAAGCCUGGAGGUGAUCUUGAAGGACUUCUCAAGCCUGGAAGUCAUGUUGAAGGAUUUCUCAAGUCUGGAAGUGGUCUGGCAGUGCCUCUUAAAAACUGGAUAUUAUCCUAUAUGGCCUCUAUUGCAUGACUGUUAUUUUAGGACCUCCCAAGUCUGGAAAUGAUCUUAAAUGUUCUCUCAGGACAGUAACUAGUCUUGCUUAGCUUUGGAGAUGAUCUUUCAUGGUUUUCCAAGCCCUGGAUUUUAUUAUGUAAGGCUUCUUAAAGCUGGGUGUAGUCUUUUUCAAAAUCUCAAUCCUGGCAGUUGUCUUGACAACCUUCUGAAUACUGGAGAUGACUUUAUAGGAACUUUGAAGCUCGAACAAAGUGUUAUUAGGCUUCCCAAGUAUGGCACUACUUGUUUGAACUUCAAGCAUUGAGAUAAUCUUGUAAUUCUAUUCAAAUGUUGAGGUAGUCUUAGAGGCACUUAAGCCUGGAUAUGGUCUUGAGGGGCUUUCAGACGAGUUAAGCCUAAAGGUGGUCUUGUAUUUAUUCUGUUCUCAAGGUUACCUUGCAUGGACACUCAGUUCUGGAGGUGAUAAUUUAGGACAUCUAAAGCUGAGGGAAUAGACUUGCAGGAACUCACAACCCUGGAAUUAGUCUUGUAAAUUCUCCAAAGAUUUGAUGUGACUUUGAAGGGCCUCUAAAACCUGCAGAUAGUCUGUAAGGCCUCUCAGGUCCACAUUUUUUUUUUUUUUUUUUCAAUUUAAAUUUUGAAAGUACUCUUGAAGGGCCUGUCAGUCAAAGUAGCUUUGUAGGACCUCUUAGACAUGGAAGUGGUACCCUAGAGUAUCUCAGUCCCUCAUUCCUGGAGAUCAUUUUUCAACACCUCUUAAUCCCUUAUUGCCUUAGUGGAAAUAUCAAGCUUGGAGCUGGUUUCAUAAGUCCAUUCAGACAUGAAAGUGACUCGUAUAGGAUUUCUCAAGCCCAAGAAGUGGUUAUAGAGGUGGUUUUCCAGGACCUCUUAAAACUGGAAAUCUUAGAUGGACUUUUUUGGAUUGUUGUUCAUCUAAAUAGUUGUUUAAAGCAUGGAGGUAGUCUAGUGCUUAAUUUGUUGAGCCUUAAAAAGCUCAAAGAAGUCUUCAAGAACCUGUCUAGACCUUAAGUCAUCAUACAGAGGCUUCCAAGAAUGAAAGUUGUAUUAUAUUGCCUCUCAGACCUGUUAGCAAUCUCCUAGAAACUUCUGUGCCUGGAGGUCAUUUUAUACUCUCAAGCCUUUAAGUAGCCUGAAGGUUGUCUUGAAGAUACUGCUAGCUUGGAGAUCUUGUUUAUCAUCUCAAACCUUGAGGCAUUCUUAUAGGACCUUUCAGUCUUGGAGGGUGUUUUGCAGGAGCUCUGAAGCCUGAAAGUGUCUAUCCUCGUGAGGUUAUUGCCCCUUUGCACUCAAGAUCACACUGGAGGUUCUUACAAGAUUUUAAAGUUACAUUGGAGGUCCUUUUAUGUGUAGAGGUAACACCAGAGAAUCUUACAAGAAUGACAGCAUAUACUGGAGAUCCUUAAAACCUUGGGAUUCAUACUGAAUGUCCAGAAACCAUAGAGGUCAUACUAAGGAUCUUAAAAGCAAAGAAGUCACACUGAUAACCAUAGAAUCCUGAGAGUCACACUGGGGUUGCUUACAGGCAAGACUUUUGCCUGCAGGUGGGAAGAGGGUGCUAUUUCUUGAGAACAAGUGCUGGGUGUUUUUUUCUCUUGGUCUUCUGUGGGUCAGAUUGAUGUUUCAGGUAGUUCUACAAGGAGUGCAAAAGUGAACCUGUCAAAGACUACAAAUAUAUGAUUUAUUGUAGAGAACAUGCUGAGUUCUUGAAGAGUCUUAAGAGAUGCUGCAACAAAGACAGUGAUAUGUAUAAUGGCUGCUGCAACAAGGAUAAUAAGAGAGUAUAUGUAGUGGAUGCUGUAGCAAGCACAGUAAUAUGUGCAGUUUCUGCUAUAGCAAGGAGCUAUACAGUGACUGCUACAGCAAGGACAGUGGUUGAAACCAAAAGCAACUCUUGUUGUGAUUGAACUAUGAAGCUGAAUGUGAUUACCAAUGAAACAAUAGUGUGUUGGCUAAACAAUGAUGCAAUAUGUACAGUGAAUGAACACUAAACAGAAACAGUUUCCAAAGACAAGUGUUUAGAAAAAAAGCUUGAGAAAUGAAAGAUACAGAGAUGAUGCAGAAGCAAUAACCAAGAGUUU